CCGGCGCUGGGACCGUCCCGGGGCCUCGUGGCGGAGCCGCCUCCGCUCCGGCCCCGCAGAUGGGGCCCGACCUUCUCUUCUUCCUCCUCCUCCUCCUCCUCCUCGCCUGCCCCGGCUCCUCAGCAGCCGGGCCGGGGGUCACAGCCCGGACGCUCUCCCCCUGCUACGCCGCUGACCUCAGGCCGGCAGCCGGGAGCCUCGUCUCAGCCGUGGGCUGCACGGUGCUGCUGACAACACCGGGGCUGAAGGCCACCAAAGCUGCCAUCUGGGAGUACAAGAGCGGCCCGUGGGAAGGAGCCAUCGUCAGCUAUGCCUUCGAUGGACCUGCCAACACGUCUCAGCUCUUUGAGAACCGCACGAGGUUCAACGAGACGGACCUGUCGCUGCAGCUGGUGCUGCAGGAGGGAGAUGACGGGCUCUACCGCUUCAGGUCUGAGGCAGAGGCCACGGGCUGGCUCCAGCUCCACGUUAUUGAACCUCUGUCUGAGCCGGAAAUCGUGGGUAACUCAUCAGUGAAGGAAGGAGGAACCACUAAACUGGUGUGCAACGUGCUAGAAGGGAAGGCAGACCUGUACUGGUGGAAGAAAAACGGGGAGCUGCUGCUGGGAAGUGACCACAUCCAGUUUGUUGCCAACAGCACCCUGUGCAUUGUUAAAGCAUCGAUGAAUGACAGCGGCUACUACGAGUGCGUGGUCCGCAACCAAGUCAGCCAGAAUGAAACCUCCUUCCUGCUCCACGUCCAGAGGUGUGAGCAGGAGGUUACUUUCAGUGUGGCUGCAAAGGCCCUGCAUCUUCUCCUUUGCAGACUCUGCAAACGUGGUGCUGCCUGUGAUCCUGGUGUGUGUCAUCGUGGGCUCACUCGCUGGUCUCUUCGUCUGGUGCAAGAGGAGGGAGCGCCCAUGUCGCAGUGGCUGCAGGUAGAGAGCUCUCCUGGCUGUGCCCACACUGCUGUCCCCAUGAGGGGUGGAUGCUGCCCGAAGAGCACCAGACCCUCUGAUGCUUCCAACCUCUUCUGGGCUCACCCUCGAGUUGCUCAAGCUGCUGAAGCCCACAAAUACCUGUCAAACACUGUCUUGGACUGUUUCUGUGUUAUCCUGCUCUUCCCCAGGGCCCUUGGCAGAUCCCUGGGGUAGAGGUGGGCAUGGCUGUGCCCAGGGAUGUCUGCUGCUGUGCCCCAGCUCUCUGUACCUCCCCUGGCUUCCUCCAGAGUCGCUGUGUGAUAAGUGCUUGUGGAUGGUCCCUGUGGUCCUGGGGCUGCUGGGCAGUGCUGUCCCUCGUGUGCUGCUGUGCCUGGGGCUUGCCAAGGUGGCUCAGGUGCCAAGACUGUGGGCUUUCAACUCGGUUUGGCCCUGGGAAGGAGGAAGAAGGGCAGGAUUUUGCUGUUGUGUGCACUCUGGAGUCCAGGUGGUGAGUGGGGCUGGCAGAAGGCAGCAGGGGAUGGAGGAGCAGCAAAGGAGUUUAUCUCAGAGAGUGAACCCCAAAGCAACCCCAAACCUCAGGCUGCAGUGGGAUUUGUGGGGGUGUCCCUCCCUCUUCCAAGCAUGAGCCAACAUGAGUUUGUCUUUCCUGUUUGCAGCUCAGGAGGGCUCAGUCUGCUCUGACAUGGCAGUGCUGCUUCCAGCCCCUGCUCCUCCUGCCCUCUCUUCCCUGUGCUGCUUCUGCAAAGCUCUGCUGGGCUUUGCUUGGGAAGGGCUCUUUGCCUUGUUCUUAGAGCAGAAAUGACUUAGCCUGGAGGCACAACUGGGAUCGGCACCCUGGAGAAAGCUGGAUGCUCUCCCAGGAGUGCUGGACCUCAGUGACUGUCGGGCUGGGGCGUUUGCUGAUGGGGACAAUACCUUGUCUGAGCUGGUCCCCAGCACCUCUGCAGGGGUAGGCCAUUUAGGUUUAGCUACUGGGUGGUCAUUUCUCUCCUUGCUGGUGGCUUGGGGACCUCUCCUUGCUCAGUGAAUACAGAGCAGGUGGGGGAGGAUGUGUCAGUUGCCAGGGUCAUGCCUUGUAGCUCUGCUCUUGCAGCAAAGGAGAGGAGCAGUGGGUUUCCUCCUCCUCAGAGUUAUCCCAUCUCUGUGGAGCACAGAAGUGGCUCCAGGAGAGGCUCAUAUCCUUUCCCUAAGCAGUGGCUGUGCUACAUCCUUCCAGGGUGAGCCAAGCGGCUCGUGGCUUGGCCAUCCUGGCCACUCACUACCUGCUCUGCUUUGCUCUGCGACUGCUCCCUGCAGCCCAGCCCUGUCCUGGGAGGUCACUUGGCUGUUGAGGGGCUGCCCCAGCGCAGGAGAUUGUGUUGCAGUUCAGGCCCUGAAGGGAGCUGAGCACUUUGGGUUUGGACCUCAGCCUGGUUUUAAGCUGCAGUAUGAGUUGCUGAGCUCCCUGUUGCACUUGCAGGUGUAAAACAAAUGCAGCCACGUGUUUUACAAGAAAAAAACCUCCACAGCCCCACUUUUCUACACUUUCUGUGUACACUGUAAAUCAUUCUGGAGACAUUGUGGGGGGUUUUUAAAGUAUCUGUUGCUACUAAUAAAAGCGUAUGCUUUUUGGAUGCA